UACAGAGGAGGUCCAAAGGUAGCCAGAAGCGAGCUAGUGUGGAGGGGCGCAGUCUUCGAGAGGUUCAGUCGGUUGUCUUUGACUUCAGUGCGAGCAGCUGAGAAGCGCUAGCUCCUGUGCCUCUUGGAUUGUGUCGAUAAGACGCCUUCUUCUUCUGCGAAUUCGACAUGGCCCUUCAUGAGGUGCCUCUGGAGACAUUUCCUAAUAAAUCCAAAACCAAACAGAUCGAACUGUGCUUCAAUGGGCUCAACUAUAAAGUUAACAUGGGAUUUCGGAAAGGUGAAAAAGAGAUUCUGCACGAUGUUUCUGGGUACUUCUUGCCUGGACAGUUGACUGCCAUAAUGGGUCCUUCAGGAGCGGGCAAGUCCUCUCUCCUUGAUGUUAUAUCAGGAUACAGAAUUUCAGGCGUAGACGGGUCUGUGACAGUGAACGGGAAGGUGAGGGACCUUAACGAGUUCCGGCGGAUAUCCUGCUACAUCCAGCAAGAUGACAGGCUGCAGCCGCUUCUCACUGUGGCGGAAAACAUGAUGAUAGCUGCAGACCUCAAACUAGCAAGAUCCGUCUCCCUUGCCGACAAGCAGAACACUAUUGCAGAGAUACUGAAUACCCUGGGGUUGACGGAGGCGGCUCACACGCAAGCAGACAGACUCUCUGGUGGACAGAAGAAGCGGUUGUCCAUUGCACUCGAGCUCAUCAACAACCCUCUUGUUAUGUUUCUGGACGAGCCCACUACAGGUCUAGACAGUUCGUCCUGCAAUCAGUGUGUCUCAUUACUGAAGGUUCUGGCUCUGCAAGGCAGGACCAUAAUCUGCACCAUCCAUCAGCCCAGCGCCAUGUUGUUCCAGAAGUUCGACAUCGUCUAUGUACUCGCUGGCGGACGUUGUCUCUAUCAAGGCAACAGUAGAAACAUGGUUCCUUACCUGCUUUCUGAGGGCCUGGGCUGCCCCAAGUACCACAAUCCAGCAGACUAUGUUAUUGAACUUGCAUGCGGUGAGCACGGAAAUGACAAAAUAGACAAGUUGGUGAAAGCGACUCAAAAUGGCAGAUCCCUCGAGUGGUUUGAAAAUGGGGAAGAAAUCUCAUCACAUUUUCCAACAGGUCCCAAGAAAGCACUGGCGUUACCGACCAAGAAGUGUGUGGGAAGUUUGCAAGAGACGUCCUUGUGGAACCAGGUCUCAGUAUUGCUAAGGAGAGGGUUCAUCAAGGUCAAACGGGACAAAACGCUGACACACAUGCGUGUCAUUGUGAACAUCCUUACAGGGAUCAUGUUGGGAACCCUGUGGCUGCAGGUGGGGGACAAGGGUUCCAGAGUCCUUGACAACUACAAUCUCCUCUUCUCCAUUCUCAUCCACCAUGUGAUGAGCACCAUGAUGCUUGCUAUACUCACCUUUCCCAUGGAGAUGACGAUCCUGACGAAAGAACACUUCAACCGGUGGUAUUCGCUGAAGUCAUUCUUCAUCUCUGUCAACGUUGUUGAUAUACCAGUUCCAGUCGUGUGUUGUAUUGUCUUCUCCAUUAUCAUCUACGCUAUGAGUGGUCAACCUAUAGACUCCACAAGGUUCACAAUGUUUACAGUGAUCAGCCUACUUGUGGUAUUCAUUGCUCAAAGCAUAGGCUUCAUGGUUGGUGCCAUCUUCAGCAUUGUUAAUGGCACAUUUGUUGGCCCGGUUCUGGUGGUGCCGAUGAUGAUGUUCUCCGGCUUCGGAGUGAGGAUCACAGACAUACCCCUCUUACUUCAAUGGGGAACCACAUUCAGUUACCUCCGCUACAGUCUGGAAGGCUACGUAGCAGCGAUAUAUGAGAACCGGACAACACUGCCCUGUGAUCACAAGCUAUACUGUCACUACCGCUACCCUCGCAAGUUUCUGGAGGAUGUGGCUAUGCCUGACGACCAGUUCUGGAACGACAUCAUCGCCCUGACAAUAACCUUGGUACUGGCCAAGGUCGCAGCGUAUUUACUACUCAGAUGGAAGAUACAGUCGAUGAGGUGAAACUGUAACAGUUCUAGUUUACCUAGAGUAAGUACUCGUAAUUGUAUUUAUUUUUAUACGAUCCUCGCGUAGUCUGUAAUUUCCCACAGCGAUAAAGUGGUUUUAACGAUCUAACAUGAAUGGAAGUGACAAGAACUGGAGAAGUUACAUUGGCAAGUGAAAUGUACAGGCUGUUCCUGAAAUAAAGACUUUGAAUCGGUAUUCCUCGUAUAUAAAUAAGAAAAGAUUUUCCAGUAAUUCAAUUCAAAAAUUGUUUUAUUUUAUGUUUGUGGUUUAUAUCAAAACAUAGUUUAUGUUGUUACCAUGUUUUUACUACAAGAGAACAAGGACGCAGCCAGAGAGGGGGUCCAAGGGGUCCGGACCCCCUCAAAUUUUCAAUUUUUUUAAUUACUUUUUUAGCAAACAAUUUGAAUUAUUCAGUGUUACUGACAUGUACUGCUUAGACGUUCUCAACAUUGAAACGGACCAAGAACUUUUUAAGAAACAAAAUGGGAAAUGAGCGGUUGACUGCGCUUACCUUACUUUCUGUCCACUACAAGAAAAUAUGAGUCGUUUUGAACCCCCCCUCAAAAAAAUAUUUUCCUGGCUACGUUCUUGCAAAAGAACAGUAUUUCAUCAAACAAUUCCAUCCUUCUACUUUUUAUUAGAUAAUUCUUUUAGCCAGAAAAAUCCAUUUAAAAUGUAAAAACUGUUUUAUCUAUUCUUUUACUAUUUACUAGGAAUACACUCAUUCAUUACCUAUUAGAUAAUAUUUCUCCUAUAAAGACUACACAUCUGUAGUCUAAAUAACUACAAGAGAUUUAACAUACAGCAAACAAACAUGAACAAAUCUAAAGCAGUAAAUGAAGUGGUUAAAAAUAGUGUUGAAGACUGAAAUACUCCCUUGUUUGAUGUUAUGUCAACUAGCUUAGAUUUUGAAUGAAAUUAUUUAUAUUUUCAUAUAUAAACAGUCUUUUUAAAUAUAUCUUGAAAUAAUUCAAUUAUGACUUAUUACAUUCCUAAACAUGGCUCAAUUGUAAUUUUGUAAUUUGUAAUUUAAAACUUACUUGCUCAAUCAAUGGGUGUUUUUGUUAGUAUAAUUUGUUUUAUAGUUCUGAUUUGUAUACUCAUUAGCGGUUAUUUAUUUUUAUUUUGUAUAAUUUGUGAUUCUUACUAUUUACUAUUUAUAUAUUGUGUUGUGAAUAAGAUUUUUAUAGACUUUCACGUUAGUUAGACUGUCUAUUUUUCUCGUGUUUUUAAACUUAUUUCCAUACUUUAUAUGUUUUUAUUUAUACAUAAAUCAGAUUAAAACAAGAGUUUUAUUUUUAACUUAUGUGUUUGUAAGUAUAUACAUAUAAUGUAUUUAUAUUACAACAUAGAAAUAGUGUAAAUAAUAAUCUACUCAUUUGUGUAUUUCAUUAUACUUUUACAUUCCGUUAUUAACAAUUGUACAUUAUUCAUAAAAUAAAUUUUCAUCAUAUGAA